AUGCCAUUGCCAGGUGUUGCAACGAGAGAGACCCAGCGACAGGAGAGCACGUGUCAACUCUGGGAGCCCGAGGGCAUCAACACCUGCGUCACCGCACCAGCGGGCUGCAUCGCUUUGGCCUUGGUCUUCCUGCGUACCAACUGCGAAGCUGUGGCAUCGCGGGUAGCCAUCCCACAGAAUUUGUUCCACCUGGAGCAACUGCGCCCUGAUUUCGCCUUGCUGCGCAUCGUGGCAAAGAGUCUCAUUCUGUGGGACCAAAUCGAACCCACCAACGAAUGGGUGGACAGGCAAACUCCGGCCUUCCUCUCCAAGCUGUCCACAAGUGGAGCGGACAUUGAUUGGCUGCUGGUCACACAAACCAAGGCGAAUUUGGCUGCAGGUGCCUGCUUGGCGUUGGGUUUGCGCUUUGCGGGCUCCUCCAAUGAAGCCGUGAAGGAGUUGUUGAUUGCCAGGUUGCUGGGCUUCAGAGAUGCCGUUCGCUCGGAUGCGCACGUGGCAUUGAUGGCCUCCAAACCCACGCCAGAUGAUGUGGAUGCCAUCACCCUGGAGACAUGUCAAUCCACCAUCGCCUUAGCCCUGGGCAUGGUCAUGGCAGGUACAGGUGAUUUGGCAGCACUCCGAACGCUCAGAAGUUUGAGGAAGAAGACCUCCCUGGACACAGGUUACGGCGUGCACAUGGCCACCCACAUGGCCAUUGGCUGGGUCUGUCUGGGAGGAGGCCGAUACACCUUUGACCAGGAGCCCCUGUCCAUCGCCGCGCUGUUGAUGGCUUCGUUUCCUCGUUUUCCUAUGGGCCUGGUGGACAAUCGAUGCCACCUGCAGGCCUUUCGCCAUCUCUAUGCCUUGGCAGCGAGGCACCGCUGCAUCGAGGCAGUUGAGGUGGGCUCUAAGGAGCCGGUGCAUGUCCAUGUGGCGCUGCAGACACGGAAGGACGACGGGCAGCUGGAAGCCCCUGAGACUUUGCUGUUUCCGAGGCUUCUGCUGGCUUCCAGCGAGGUCGCUUCAAUUCGCGUCAACAGUGAAGGUUUCUGGCCUGUGACCAUCAAGCGCGCCGAGCCAGGCACUGCUGCAGCUCGCUGGAUGAAGGCCGUGGAAGACACCCGGCGCCUCUAUGUGAAACGAGCCGCGCCUGGUGCAGGGCAGAGCCAACUGGGAUUGGGAGGCUCACAGGUGUGGUUUCCAACUUUCACAGCACCCGAUGACAGCCAAGUGGAACGUUUGGCAAUGCCAAAGCUGACUUCAGGCGGUCAAUUUGAAGGAGGACCCUUGCCGCCCAGUGCGUCGCAGGCAACUGCAGCUGAAUGGGCUGCUGCUUUUUGUUGUGAGACGCGGCCACCCCUCCUUCCAGGCGCAUGCCUGGCAGAUUUCGACCAGCAUGGCACCCUCGUGGAACGCUUUGCCCAGCUCCUUCAGAUAGGAGAGAACAAUGAUCCCAAGAAGCCGGUGCGGUCCCAGCUGCCCUUCAACGCAGUCUUGGCCCAGAAAUUGCACGAAUGUGUGGCAGAGUCAAAGCUUGCGGUGUUCCCCUGGAUAGUCUUCCUGUGCCUGCAGAUGAAAACUUUCAUGCAGGACACAUUUGCUUCUCUGCCGACCUUGGGAGUGGAACACUUGCUGGCAGCGCUCAGCUUCCAGGAACUUCGCGCCGGCAUUGGGGCCAGGCACCAGCCAUUGCUGUCGCAAGACUUCUUGGCAGAGUGCAAAGCACAUGCGAAGCAGCGCAGGAAUGCAGAGGUGCACAGGGCAGCAAAUCGCCAGGUCCGCCAGACCCGAUGAUUAUGGCGACCUCGCCAGCGCCCUGUUAUUCGCUAGACAUUUUGCGGUUCUAGUUCCGAACGCAUUGCUCGCUGGGCGAGCAAUAUCGCAAGUUCGCCAACUCUUUGGAUCCGAACAUUAAGCAAGCUCGCCAGCUCCUUGCGGCUCGCUGGAACCGCACUAUUGCAAA